CUUCGACAGCGGCGCUUAGAGAUGGAGUGCGCUCUUGCCCUUGGAGGAGCCUAUGGCAGCUUCGGUGCUUCUCUGGGCAGCUUUGGAGCGUCUCUGGGGGUCGCAGGCGCUGCCCUCGCAUCGCCUGCGGCUUCCGGCGCUGCAGCAUCUGGCGCCGCGGCCGCCACAGCUGCAGCCGGCGCCGCCGGGACUGCCAGCCUGGCGGUGCUUGCUGCGCCAUGGGUAGCAGCAGCAGCUGCUGCAGCUGCAGUUGCAGCCGGAUCCCAGUGGGUCUUGGCUUUGGCUGAAGCGCAGAAGCAGCCACGUAUUGAGGAAACCAGUCAACCCGACAUGGCACUCAAUACGUCGGCGUCUUCAAGCGAUCAGGCAUCGUCAUCACCACUGCGGAGCUUGAGGUGGCCCACUACAAGAACUUUGAUGCAAGGGCAGCUUGAGGUACAGCAGCUCAAAGACAAGCUGGCUGACAUUGAGGCGCAACAUGCUUCAGCAACUGCAGCUGCUGAACAGCAACGGCAAGAGAUGGACAGCUUGAAAAGCCAGCUGCUGGAGUCAACUAUGGAGGUACAGCACCUGCAAGACAAGAUUACUGAAAUGCAGGAUAUGCAGGUGACAGAUCUGGAGAUUGAAGCUGAUGCAUCAUAUGAUGGCCCCCAUUACACUGGUUCUUGCACCCCAGAUUUUUGCCAAUACCUCAUGACCUAUCAAACGCAUGGUUAUCUCCUGCCCAAGAAAUAUGCGAAAAGCAUCAUCCUCGACACGAUUUCGCUGCUGAAGGGUACCAGCACAUUGGUAGAAAUCGACGUGCCCAAGGAGGGUAAAAUCACAGUCUGCGGGGACAUUCACGGUCAGUUCUAUGACCUUUUGAAGAUCUUCUACUUGAACAAUCUCCCUUCAGAGCAGAACCCCUACGUUUUCAAUGGGGAUUUUGUUGACCGCGGGCACUUUUCAACUGAAGUGGUGUUGACACUCUUUGCCUGGAAGUUAGCGCUACCAAACCAUAUACAUUUGAAUAGGGGAAACCACGAGACGGCACAGAUCAAUGGAUUUUACGGAUUCAAACAAGAAGUGGUCGACAAGUAUGGAGAGAACCUGUAUGAUCUCUUUUGUGAAGCCUUUCGCUUACUACCCCUUUGCCACCUGAUCAACGGGGCCGUUUUCGUGGUACAUGGAGGCUUGUUCUCGAAGGAUGAUGUCACUCUGAAGGACAUCCGCAAACUUAACAGAUAUUGCGAGCCGAAAGGAAUUCAGGGGUCUGAAGCUUUGAUCUGCGACAUGCUGUGGAGUGAUCCUCAGCACUGCCAAGGCCGCGCACCUUCAAAAAGAGGUGGACGUGGUGUUGGCAUAGCAUUUGGCCCAGAUGUUACCGAACGUUUUCUUCUGAAGAACAGUUUAAAGAUGAUUAUCCGCAGCCAUGAAAAAAAACGGAAAGGCUAUGAGAUAGCGCACAACGGAAAACUGAUAACGGUCCACGGGCCAAGCACCGACGGCAGGAUGAGGGGUGCCUACAUUAAUCUCGAUGGCACGAUGACGCCGACGUUCACCAGCUUUGAUCAGGUCACAGCCGAGGAUAUACAUACAGUGCGAAAUUCUGGAUAGUGCCGACAA